CCGUCCUCGCGGGCAGACGCGCGCGCGAGUGCUCGGCCGACCGGCGACAUGAGCGGUGGUCUCGGAGGCAUGUCGGCGGAGCAGCUGCUGCAGCAGAGGCUCCUCCGCAGCCGCUUGCGGGUCUCGCAGCAACAGCAGCAGCAGGCGCAGCUGCCGCACCCCCACCAGCAGCACCCUCAUGGCCACCCGGGCCUGGCCGUGGGUGGCCCGCUGCCGCCGCCGCUGCUGCCGCCGCCGUGCCCGCUCUCCCCGCCGUCGCCGCCGGACUCGCCCCCGCCCGGCACGACGCCCGCCGAGAUCCCCGCAGGCCCGCGCUGCCCGAGCGAGACCUGGUGCUCGCUGUGCCGCGUCUACUGCCCGGACCCGGUGUGCCUCCCCUGCGGCCAUAACUUCUGCACGGCCUGCAUCGGGCAGCGCCUGGGCGAGCCCAAGCUCAACAUCUCCUGCCUGGAAUGCGGCGCCACCGCCCGCAAGAGGAACCUCCGGCCCAUCAAGCCGCCGCCGCUGCUGGCCAACCUGGUGGUGGACAGGCCCAAGCGGCAGAGGCUGGACUCGGCGCCCGGGGGAGGAGGCGCUGCACCGGCACCAACCCCAGUGGCACCACCGCCACUAGCACCUCCACCAGCACUGGCACCACCGGCACCGGCACCAGUAGUAUCGUCCCCUCCGCCACCGGCGGCAACAGCGGCGGUGGUGACGGCGGCGGCGGCGCCUCCCCCGCCGCUGUUGUCCCUGACGCCAGCGCCGCCCACGCCUCCGUCGCCAGCAGCAACAGCAGCAGCAGCAGCCCCCCCUGCGACGCCAGUAGCGGCAACGCCACCCCCGAAAAGGUCGCCCGUCGCAACUGGAGGAGCGGGAGACGGGAACGGAGAAAGGCUGUGCGACGUACACCGGGAAGUGCUCCAGUUUUUCUGCGAGGAGGACCAAACCCCCAUCUGUGCCCACUGCGAUCGAUCCCAGGAGCACCGGGCUCACACCAUCUUCCACGUGCAGAGGGCAGCCCGAGACUAUAGGCCAUUUUCUUUUGCUCAGGAGCGGGUUCAGGCACAACUAGACCUUCUGAAGCAGGAGAAGAACACACUGUGGAGUCAGAAGCUGACUGGGGAGAUGAAAAUUCAGGAAUAUAUGGAGAAGGUCCAAGCUGAGAGACAGGAGAUUGUGUCUGAAUUUGAGCACCUGCACCAGUUUCUGAAAGAUCAGGAGCAGCGCCUGCUGACCCAGCUAGAAGAACUCGAUAAAGAAAUAGAGAAGCAGAAGGAAGAAAUGGUCACCCAAAUCUCGGAAGAGCUUUCCCGUCUUGGUGACGUGAUUGCCGAGAUGGAGGUGAAAUGUAAACAGCCGGCAAGUGAAUUUUUGCAGGACAUCAAAAAAAACAUGGGAAGAUGUUCAGCAGGGCAAUUUCAGCCAUCUGAAGAAGCUUCUUCUAAGCUAGAAGAGAGACUGGAUUACUUCUCUCGGAAAGGGGUAGCUGUGAAGGAAACGCUAAAUAAAUUCCAAGAUAAUGUGAUAUAUGCCAUGGAGAAAGCAGAGACUGUGAAAACACUGAAUGAUAAAGAUGCGGCUCUCGAUGCAGAUGUACCAAGUGCUCUUCUGUCGUUGGACCAAAGAAACAUGGGGUGUGAUGAACUCCGACACAGGCUGCCUGCCCUGCAAUAUGUCCCCGAUGCGCCCAAAAGAUUGGAUUCCAAGGCUUUGGUUCUGGGCUGUGAUGGGUUUACCUCUGGGAGAUACUUCUGGGAGUUGGAAGUGGGUGAUGGGGAGUUCUGGGCAGUGGGGGUCACCCGAGAUCCUUCAAAGAAGAAGGGGAUGAUGGACUUCAGUCCGGAGGAGGGGAUCUGGGCUGUUGGGCUGUGGAAGGGCCAACACUGGGCUCUCACGUCCCCCGUGACUGCCCUGUCCCUGAGCCAGCACCCAAGGAGGAUCCGAGUGUCCCUGGACUACGUGGGGGAGUGUGUGACCUUUACCGAUGCAGACACUGAUGACCCCAUCUUCACGUUCCCACCAGCCUCUUUCAAUGGGGCGCGUACCCACCCAUUGCUGUGGGUGGUAGGGUUCCCAGCUCAGACUGUAUUUCUGAGACGCAUGGGGGUGAAAUAUCCAACUGGGGUCCAUGAAAUGGACAUCUUGAGUCCAUGAUUUUAAUUUCUUUCUGUGAGCCCAGCAAAUGAAACGAUAGAUCUCAAACCCGCUGAAUCAGAGCAGAGAGUUGAGCUAUUUGGGAGCAAGAAAAUGGAAUGUUAAAGAAACAAAAACUUUUGCUCAUCUAUUGGAGAUUAUGAGGAGGCAGAACUGCUCUCCUUUGCACCAAGGCCUUAUGACGUUGCCCUAGGGUAUAGCACAAGAUCUGGGAAGAGUAGAUUAAAUAGGCCUUGAAAAAAUAGCAUCGCUGUUAGGACAUCCUUCUUUAUAUAAGGGAUUGGUAUGACCCCUUUCUAGUAGUAGGCUCAAACUUGUUCAAUUUGGAAAAACUUUUAGCUAUUAAAAUUUUAUCUGCAUUUUCAAUCAGUUCACAUUUAACUUUUUAUUAUUUCAUUUUUUAAAAAAUGACUGCAUGCAUUUUAGCAUUAAUACCUAGCAGCUUAUGUUCCAUUGGAAGGAAUGGUUGCAAAUUUACUUUUCAUGGCAAAAGGUGUUUUGAAUACCAUAACAUAGGCUGUGGGCAUCCCUAGCACAGAGGCGAUUAUCUUGAAUUGAACAUCACCAGAUCUUAUGGAUAUGGGAGUUUUUUGUGCAGAUAGCUUUUCAUCCUUUCUCUUAAGCUGGCUUAUUCUGAAGCUUAAUUUCACUCUUCUGUGUCUAAGUUGAUCCAGGAGAUGAAAUGAACAAAUCUGUGCCAUAAUAAUCUGAUUUUUCCUAAAGGUGAAAUAUAUUGAAAGCUUCUGUCAGGAACCCUAGGGUAAUAAUUGAGAUGGCUACAUAAUGUAAAUAGCAACAAUCCAAAAUGUGUGUAGUGUUUUCUUCAAUACAUUUCAUUGUCUAGUU